UCAAAAACCUCUACGCCGUUGUUCUAUCUAGCAUAUACGAAGCGUAAACAGACAAUCAACAUCACAAUCAUGCGACCUACCAUUUCCUCGACGGUGCUGGCCGCCUUGACCACUCUUUCUCUGCCCUGUGUCUCAACAGCCCAGCAGCAGUACACUCUCAAGGACGACCUGAGCUACAAGAACUUCUUCAACAGCUUUGAAUUCUUCUCCGGCCCGGACCCAACCAACGGAUUCGUACAAUACCAGACCCGUGAGGCAGCCGUCAAGGACAACCUCGUCGGAUACCUGAACGACACCGAGUCGGUCUUCAUGGGCGUUGACCACACCACCAAAGACGCCAAAGGCCGUGCCAGCGUGCGCCUCGAGAGCAAGCAAACAUGGAACCAGGGCCUCCUGAUCGCAGACAUCAAUCACAUGCCCGACAGCACGUGCGGUACAUGGCCAGCCUUCUGGCUCCUCGGCGUCGGGCCCGAAAAGAACUCGUCGUCGUGGCCAAACUUUGGUGAAAUCGAUCUUCUCGAAGGCGUCAACGACGAAACAAACAACGCCGUGACGCUCCACACUUCGGAGGGUUGCACCAUCGCCAACGCCGUUGGCGGCGGGAACAGCGGGAACAACAACAACAGCAGCACUAGUGCGGGAGCAGCAGCAGACUCGUCCGCGUCCGCUGGGUUCAUGGGCUCCGUCUCGACGCCAAACUGCGACGUCAAUGCCAAAAACCAGGACAAGAACGUCGGCUGCAGCAUCAAGGCGCCCGCGUCGCGCGCAGACUUUGCCACCUACGGCACAGACUUCAACACGGCGGGCGGCGGCGUGUACGCCAUGGAAUGGACCACGUCCUCCAUCAGCGUGUGGUUCUUCCCCCGCAACUCGUCCUCCAUGGCCGCCGUAUCGCCUCCUUCCAACAACGGCACAGCAGCUUCACCGGCUUCCCUCGACCCAUCGACUUUCGGCAAACCGCUGGCCAAGUUCUCGGGUCCCGGCUGCGACUACGAGAAGAAGUUCGACUCGAUGAAAGUCAUCUUCAACACGGCGCUGUGCGGAGACUGGGCUGGCAAGGAGUGGGAGAAGUCGUGCCAAGCAAAGACGGGCGCUGCUACGUGCGAGGAGUAUGUCGAGAACAACCCAGAGGCUUUUGCCGAUGCGUAUUGGGAGGUCAAGGGGCUCAAGUGGUAUCAAGCUGCUGCUGCUGCUGCUGCUCAAGACAAGGCGGCGGCGCCUGCAGGAAAGAUGAAGCGGUUCAACUGGAGUGCUUGA